UUUAACGUAAACAUUGAUGAAUGAGUUUCGCUGAUCAAAUUGCUAUUUUCGAAAAACAGCAAGCACCUCUUGCCAACAUCAGAAGGCAGAUGGCUUGACACAGAGAAGUAAAAAAUAAGGCAGCACCAUCAUGGAUGUGGCCAAAGAUGCCCUGCGCCUGCUUGGUCAAGUGACCAGUAGCCUGAUCUGGGCAGUUGUCCACUUCAUCUGGCCGCCCAAGAAAAAGGACAUCUCGGGACAGUUGGUGCUCAUUGUAGGAGAUGGUGAUCUUUCCCACCAGAUGGCACUGUUGUUUUCAUCAAGAGGAGCAAGGGUGGUGACCUGGGGUGCCCUAACUGACCAGGACAGUGAUGGCAGUGAUGUCCAGCUAGUCAGGGUGGACGACACGUGCCAUGUAAUGAGGAGUACCUGGAGUGUACCCAUGGCAGAGAAGGCUGUGAAAAAGGUAAUGGAAGAACUAGGUCAGGUUGACCUACUUAUAACCAAUAGGAUUCCCAAAGACAAACUCACUCUCCUAGAGGCAGACCCAGACAGCAUUAAACAGACAUUUGAGGAUAAUUUCUUUGUUCCACUGUGGGUGAUGAAAUAUUUUGGUGCUAAAAUGCUGCAACAAAAACAUGGCCACCUUGUCACCAUAGCAACUUCUGAACAUGUCAGUGAUGUCAGCAGUCAUAUGACAAGAUGCUCCACAGCAGCAGCUUGGGUGGGGCUGGCAGAUACCUUGGGGAGUGAAGUGUUUUUCUGCGAAGAAUGGGGGAUAUACAACACAUAUGCUGUUAUUGAAAGAUCAGAUAAUCAGAAAGGGGCAUCAGAGAGAAUUGUCAAAGCUGUGCUAACCAAUCAGAAGCAGGUUUUCAUUCCAAGGUCUCUUUAUUGGUUAGCUUUUUUGAAAACUCUUGUACCCCUGGAUGCAAUGCAACUCAUCUAUAGGUGGCGCCAGAAAUAGGAUUAGAAAUAGGAAAAAACCAAGUGAUGGAUAUGGGCAAUCAUGUUUGGGGGAACUUUGCCAGUUACUUCUAGUUCUUCCUGUUGUUCUGUGGAUUUCUUUAAGUCUGUUACCAUAUUGUUUGUAACACUAAAAUUAAUUAUUAACUGGAAACCUGUGUUUACUGCAUACAUUUAUAAUAUUAGAUCUGCUUAAUAUAAUUAAUGCAGAGGAUAAUGUAUGUGAGUAUCUUUAAUUAGUGUUCUCUUUCACAGAGUUUAAUAUGUUUAUUACGCAUUUCGUUAUUAGUGAAGAUGAGCAAAGAAAAAAAAGGUACUGGAAAGGAAAGGAAUGAAUCAAGGAAUAAGCUGAAGUUGACAUUUGAUAUCCAGGGAUAAAAUUGGAAGUCUAUUGAAAUUAGUUAGAAAUUCUCAGUAUUUUGAACAAGUGAUCCAAGUCUCCUGGCUGUCUUUUGUUGGUUGUCAUAGCUUCCACACAUGUCCAGUUAUUAUAAUUAUUAUUGCCUGUAUCUAUUUAUUGUUUUUUAAAGUUUGUAUUGUUAUAGUGAUGCCUUAUCACAUUGCUUGUUAUGUUAAAUUGUGAAUAUAAUGCUCAGUCUAUAUACAGUUUAUUACUGUAGUAUGUAUGGUAUAUGUUUGCUUCUAUAAAUAUAUGGGUAUUUUUGUGUCUGAUAUAUGUAUUAUAUGGUGUACAAAAUAUUAUGUUUUUACCAGUAAAAAAUGUUGCUUUUAUAGUAUUUUAACGGAAAAAAGGUUGGAAAUGAAAAAUUCUGAAAAUCUUAGGAAGUGUUAUGUUGACUCAAUAUGAAGCCAAUCAUUAAAUAUUGUUUUUUGUUGUACCUCGGACUUCAUUGGCAUUUUAAGUGAUUUUAAAAAAAUAUAAACUAGAAUGAUUAAAAGUUUUGUUAUUAAAAAUUAUAACCUCCUCAGUUAAAGUGCUAUGAUUGCUAAAAUUUACCUAUUUAUCAAAUUGAAUACAGUGAAUAGGAGUGAAUUAAGUAAUAUGCUGGAAGAAGUGUUUGUAUUUUUAUCAAAUUUUUAUUUUAAUUUAACACUCACAAAAUGUGAAGUAUUUUUGGCUGUUUAUGCUACAUGUACAUUGUGCAAAAGACAAUCAUAUUUUUUUUUCAUAUGGCAUUUGAUGAUUAGGGAGGUAAAACAUUAAGUGCACUGUUUAGCCAGUGGUUUUAGGCAUUGUUUUAGAAUAUAAAAAAUAUUUUCAAUUACUGAGAACAUAAUUGGAGAUAACCCUCAGAGUAUGUUUUUACUAAGUUAAAAAUAAUAUCUUAUGACUCCAAUAUAGACAUUGUAUUUUAUUAGAACUCUUGAAAUAUAGUUUUUAACCAGAGGGUUAAUUGGAAGGAUAUUUUGUUAGCAUGAAAAUAUUAAACAUAUUACCACUCACUAUGAAUGUUUUAAUUUUUAAAAUUUAUGACUUAAAAAAAUACAUUAUCUGUAAAUUUACAAUUUUCACAUGGAAAAGAUUGAAUUUGUUCUGUUCUCAUUUUAAGAUGAUUUGAGAAAUAUGGCAAAAGUAGGCAUUUGGUCAUGAAUGUGGUUUUGAAUAUAGCUACUAUUGUUGAAAAGUUUUAAGAUGUCUCAUAUUGCAGCAAUAUAUUUUUGUGUAUCAUCACUCAGUAAUGUAGCAACAUACUAUGGUCAAUAAA